CACUCACUCGAGUCUUCCGAGUGGGCUGUGUUCAGGUGUAAGGUGAGAAGCAUUCGGCGGGAGAUCAGAGCGUGUGGCCUGUCUGUUGGCUUCUUUUUCGGGUUGGUGGGGGGGGGGGGGGGGGGGGGGAAGGUAUGACAGAGGACAUCUCUUGUUUUCCCCCUAGCAUGCAUUUAAAGCUGCACGGGCGACCACUUUGCAACUCAGUGUCAGGGGGUCAGGCGGCAUCGAGCACAAAAGGAGCAAGAAGAAAAUUGCAAGAUCCAACAAAAGAGGGAUGACGCAUCCUGGCGCGUCGACACCGUUUUCAGUCGAGGAUAUUUUGAAGCAGCAGCGUGGCUAUGAAAAUCAAGUUUUGGAGUCUGAGCAACUUGCUCCAGUGCGUGACCGCAACAUGCAAAAAAAGCGUCUCGCACACCAAGCAGAGGUGGACAACGAGUUGAAGAAAGUUGACACACGUAUCGAUAGCAAGGGCGGCUCCGAAAGAGGCGCGGGCUCUCGCAGGAGGCCACGCGUGCUCUUCUCCCGGGCUCAGGUGAGCGAGCUGGAGCGUCGCUUCCACCGGCAGCGCUACCUGUCGGCGGCAGAGAGGGAGCAGUUGUCCCUGGUCAUCAAGCUCACGUCCACCCAGAUCAAAAUCUGGUUCCAGAACCGCAGGUACAAGUGCAAGCGGCAAUGUCAGGACAGGAGUUUGGAGCUGAGGGGGGCCUACACGUGUGCACUGGACACUCUCAGAGGCUGCUGA